UAAAAUAUGUUAAUAGGGCUAGGUUUAUUACGUUUGCAAUUAGACUUCGGUAAAAUACAUUUUGUUAAAGAACUGCCUAUUGACUUAAAUGUAGGCAUAUCACGUAAAGGUAUAACGACGGAUGCACAAAGUUCUGCCAUAGUUUCCAUCCGCUGCAGCACAAUUCGUGACGUCUCCUGUCUCGUGCAUAGAUAUUUUUUGUCCGUGAAAAAUCAUAACGGUUAAUAAACGGUCUGUGACGCAUUACUGUACGCAAGCUUAGCGAGCCAUUUUCUUUUAAAUUGACCUAACUAUAAUAACUGUUAGCCAGGCAGUUCGCUCGAUCGGCGAGCGGUUCAUCUGUCCAACCCUUCACGGUCAAGAAGAUUUGGACAGCACCAUGUCAGAAUCUGACGAAAAGCGCCGACCUGCUUCAGUUUCUACAUAUCCGGAGAACAUGGACGGUAGCUUUGGGCUGUGCGGGUGGCUUAUAAUCAUCUUCUCUGUCCUGCUGAUCAUCAUCACCCUGCCAUUCUCCAUCUGGGCAUGCAUGAAGACCGUCAAAGAGUACGAGCGGUCCAUCAUCUUCCGGCUUGGGCGGAUCCUGCGGGGCGAGGCUCGCGGGCCAGGGCUCUUCUUCAUACUGCCCUGCACUGACAGCAUCAUCAACGUGGACAUGCGCACUAUAACCUUCGACAUCCCUCUACAGGAGGUGCUGACUAAGGACUCGGUGACGGUGAGUGUGGAGGGUGUGGUGUACUACCGGGUGAGGAACGCCAAGCUGGUUGUCGCCAACAUCACCAACGCAGACUCCGCCACACGCCUGCUGGCCCAGACCACCCUGCGCAACGUGCUGGGCACCAAGAGCCUGGCAGAGCUGCUGUCCGACCGGGAGCAGAUCGCCCUGAGCAUGGAGCUGUCGUUGGACGUGGCCUCGGAGGCCUGGGGCAUCAAGGUGGAGCGGGUGGAGAUAAAGGACGUGAAGCUGCCCCAUCAGCUCCAGAAGGCCAUGGCGGCCGAGGCAGAGGCCGCGCGCGAGGCUCGAGCCAAGGUGAUCACGGCGUACGGCGAGAUGAACGCCUCGCGGGCGCUGAAGGAGGCGUCGCUGGUGAUCGCCGAGUCGCCGGCCGCGCUGCAGCUGCGCUACCUGCAGACGCUCAACACCAUCGCCGCCGAGAAGAACUCCACCAUCAUCUUCCCGCUGCCCAUGGAGAUGUUCGCCGGCUUCGUGCGGAGCAGCCCCGACGCAAAGGCCUUCCCGUAGAGCGCCUGGCGGGGCUCCUCCGUCCGGAGUCAUCCCGUCGCCCGCUGGCGUUUGGGCCUUCCGCACACCGCCACCGCCGCUCUGGAGGGAGCCGAGCCAGACGUUAACCCUUUGAACACCGGAAAAUUCCAUUCCUCCAGAAAGAAACGUUUUAAAAGCAUCUUUAACUGAAACAUUUUUAAAAAAUUGCUUUUUAAAGUCAUUUACAAUCAAUUAAUUGAAACAUUUUUACCCUUUUGACACGGCUAAAAUUCCUGCAGAUUACUGUCCAUUUUUAAAUACGAGUUUUCACUCAUGUAUAGGAGAAAAUUGUUCUUAGAAAUAAUUGUACAUUUUGAUUUGAUGUCAUUCUCAGGGAAGUUGUGGUUGUGUUUUCAAAUUUUAACAGCAUCUAAAGAGUUAUAGUAUUUCAUAUAUGUAUUUGACCCCCCACGGUUGCCGCAAACUGGCUCUGCUUGACUCGACGUGUCACAGUGUGUUUUAAUCGUUGUUAAACAGUCCCGAAGUGUCUGGUGCCCGUUCAGAGUUCGGAUUUCUUACGGAUUGCCCAGGAAUCCAGGAAUUGCCCCGGUAGUUUUAAGAAACGGCCACAAAAGUUUGUUUGUGUUUGUGUGCACGCGUGCGCAUGUAUGUGUGUUUUUCUGUGUAUGUGUGUGUGUAUUUGUGUGUGUGUGUGUUUGUCUAUGUUUGUGUGUGCGUGCGUGCGUGCGUGUGUGUUUGUGUGCAUGCACGCGCAUGUGUUUGUGUAUAUGUGUUUGUGUGUGUGUGUGUGUGUGUGUGUGUGUUUGUCUGUGUGUGUGUGUGUGUGUGUGUAUGUGUGUUUGUCUAUGUGUAUAUGUGUGUGUGUGUGUUUGUGUAUGUGUGUGUGUGUGUGUUUGUGUGUGUGUGUGUGCGCGCGCGCGCGUGUGUAAUAGAGGUGGGUAGCACCCCCUACAGAGGAAUCUGUUGAGGCUGUUUCCUGUCAGCCCAGUUUAAGCUUCUGUGUGCUUCUGUUGGUGUGAAACGAGGACGACCACAGCCUGGAGGGCUCUCUGUUCUUAAUGACCAUCUAAUAAAGACUCUGGCUUCCCUUCGA